GCCGUUACCGGCUCCCACAGCCGCUGCCGCCCCCUAACGGCCCCGGCUGCCCUGCCCGGAGUCGCCCGCAGCCUCUUCGCGCCUUUCGGCUGCUGUUGGAAAGCCGCGAGGCGGAGGAAGGAGCCGGGCUGCCCGUUGCGAUGGGCCUGAGGAGAGCUCCGCCGCGGCGGUCCGUGCCAGCCCCGCAGCGCGGUGAGCGGAGCCGGGCUGCCGGCUGUGCGCCUGGAGCCGGGGCAGCCGCCCUCGCGUGGCCGGCGGAGGAGAGCUCGGCGUGAGGGUGGCUGACUGCCUGAGCCAAGUAGUUGAGGAAGAGGAUGGAAGCCACUUGGAUGACUUUUCCUUUGGAGGGAGGAGGACUUCUCUAUCUAAUCGGGAAAAUGUUACUUGCAAUCAUGGACAACUGCAAGAAGCACUUCUAAGCAGGAGGACAGGAGAGGAACCAGAAUCUUGCCUGGAUUUUAAUAGCAGUUAAUGGUCGUGUCUUGUCUGAAAGAGAGCAGAUCACCAAAGCACGAUGAGCAGGAGAGCACUUUCUCAUCCCUCCAUAGCAGAAGACAACACCAGGCACGGCAGAAACCCUGGUGUGAGCCAUGUCCAUUUAAAUAUGGAAGCACAUCAUAAAACCUAAUGGAGAGUCCAAGAGUCGCCGCCGCCGCCGAGCACGCAGGGAAGGGAGCGCUGGAGGAGCGCAGCGGCGGCCGCAGCGCGCCCGCCCGCCCCGCCGCCCGCCCGCAGAAGAUGCACUUCAGCACCGUCACCAGGGACAUGGAAGCUAUCUCCAGCCCCUGGCUCACCCAGCUGUCCCAUUUUUGCGAUGUUGCAGCUUUCACGGCCAACAGCCUGAGCAGCCUGAACGCCUCCGGGGGGUACCACCUCUCCCCCUCCCCGGGGGACCCGUACGGACAGCAUGAGCCGCCGCACUACGAGCCCUGCACGGCUCAGCAGCACCCGCACCCGCCGCCCCAGCCGCAGCACGGUUACCCCUUCGGCGGGGCGGCGGCGGCCGGGGCCAACCCGCCGCCUCCGGGCCCCGAACCGCCCGAGGGCGCCGGGGGAGCCGCCGCGGGGCCCGCCGCCGUCUCGGGCUGCUCCGCGGGGACGGCCGCCGCGGCCAAGGCGCCGGUGAAGAAGAACCCGAAGGUGGCCAACGUGAGCGUGCAGCUGGAGAUGAAGGCACUGUGGGACGAGUUCAACCAGCUGGGCACCGAGAUGAUCGUCACCAAGGCCGGCAGGCGCAUGUUCCCCACCUUCCAGGUGAAGAUAUUCGGCAUGGACCCCAUGGCUGACUACAUGCUCCUCAUGGAUUUCGUCCCCGUAGACGACAAGCGCUACCGGUACGCCUUCCACAGCUCCUCCUGGCUGGUGGCCGGCAAGGCCGACCCCGCCACGCCCGGCAGGGUGCACUACCACCCGGACUCCCCGGCCAAAGGGGCGCAGUGGAUGAAGCAGAUCGUCUCCUUCGAUAAGCUCAAACUGACCAACAACCUGCUGGACGACAACGGCCAUAUCAUUUUGAACUCCAUGCACAGAUACCAGCCGCGUUUUCACGUGGUCUACGUGGACCCCCGGAAAGACAGCGAGAAAUACGCGGAGGAGAACUUCAAAACCUUCGUCUUCGAGGAGACGCGCUUCACGGCCGUGACCGCCUACCAGAACCACCGGAUCACGCAGCUGAAGAUCGCCAGCAACCCCUUCGCCAAGGGAUUCAGAGACUGCGACCCCGAGGACUGGCCCAGGAACCACCGGCCCGGGGCCCUCCCUCUCAUGAGUGCUUUUGCCAGAUCCCGGAACCCGGUGUCGUCCCCCGCACACCAGAACGGGACGGAGAAAGGUGAGCAGCGCGUGGCGGGCGGGACGCGCGGCCGUCUGCUGGCCAGCUGGGCACCACGGCCCGCUGCGUGAAGCAGCGCGGUCACCUUUUUAGCCGAACCCGCUCCGAGGUCUGACCCGCGCCGUGCCGCUGCGCUCCAGGGGCUCUGCUGCCUUACAGCCCGGCGCCCCACCGCGUCCCGCAGCGCUCGGGUCCCCAGUGCCGCCCCAUUCCCGCCCGCGUCCCGGUGUGCAGGGCUCUGCCCCGCGCCGCUCCCAUCCGCGGAACGAAGCGAAGUCCUCGUUUGCGCAGCGGCGCGCUCGGCGCGUGCAGCGGCUUGGCCGGCCGGCUCGG